GGCACCAUACCUACAUCUGGCACCCUUUGUUCAUCUUCUUCCCCAUGUUUGGUGUUUUCCAUCGCAGAGCAAUGCUCUGCUCCAACCUCAACAUCACCAUCACCAUCACCAGAACUCCCUCAUUUCUUCAACACUUUUCCUCCUCCAAACAACACUCUUUCACCACCAACUACCUCAUCAACAACCUCACCUUCUCCCCUGAAACCGCUUCCAAACUCUCCACCCGAGUUCGUCUCAAAAACUCAGACCAACCCAACUCAGUCCUCGCCUUGUUCAGAACACACGGCUUCUCAAACACCCAGUUAUCUAAAAUCAUCCAAACCUUUCCAAAGCUUCUUUCCUUCAAUCCCAACAAGACCGUUCUUCCCAAGUUCAACUUCCUUCUCUCAAAGGGUGCUUCAACUUCUGACCUUGUGCAGAUUGUGACCAAGAAUCCCAGUGUCUUGAAGCAGGGCUUAGCAAAUACCAUCACCCCAUGUUAUGAUUUCCUCAAAAGAUUCUUGGUUUCUGAUGAGUCCACUAUAUACUCUAUAAAAUACUGUCCUUGCUUGAUUUAUUCUAAGCUCCCAUCCAUUAAUGUUCAACUUCUGCUUCAGAAUGGUGUCCCUGAAUCAAGGAUUGCUUUCUUACUCCGUAGUUAUUUCUAUUCAGCUUGUAAGCAACCUGAUGUCUUUAAAAAGGUAGUGGAAGAAGUAAAGGGUUUGGGAUUCAACCCGAAAUCGACACAUUUCAUUGUAGCAGUGACUACUAAGUUGAUGGGAAGUUCCUUGUGGGAAAGGAAGGUUGAUUUGUAUAAGAAAUGGGGUUGGUCUGAAGAAGUUAUUGGUUCAGCAUUUUUGAGAAAUCCAUGCUGUAUGUGGACAUCUAUGGAUAAAAUUGAGGCUGUGAUGGAGUUUUGGGUCAACGGCAUCGGUUGGGACUCUUUGAUGCUUGCUAAGUACCCGGUGCUUUUUACGUCGAGCUUGGAGAAAAAAAUUAUUCCCAGGGCUUUUGUGUUGCAAUUUCUUCAAUCCAGAGGUUUGAUUAAGGAUGUUAAAUCGGCCCCGUUUAAACUUACUGAUGAUAUGUUCUUGCAGAAAUUUGUGAAUUGUUUUGAGGAGGAAGCUUCUCAUCUGUUGAAGCUGUAUGAAGAGAAAAUGUAUCAACCAAGACAUGAAAAUGCAUCUUUGUCCUAUUUUGGGUUUGAAGACCUGAAUAAAUAGUCAAUUGAAAUUGGUGAUUUGUAUGGUCAUUUAGCUGACUGAGUUCUAUUAAUUGAUCCUGUAGAAUUAGCUCAAAGGGAAGUGCUUGUUGCAUUUGAAAACUGGAACUAUAUUGGUACUUUAUCACCUUUGUGUUAUUUUGUCAA